AUGACAAUCCCUAUCAACGCAGCAGAACAGGCUUACUUAGAUCUCUGUCAAAAAAUUAUUGACGAAGGUGAAUUUAGACCAGACAGAACAGGAACCGGUACCAAGUCACUUUUUGCCCCACCACAGUUGCGUUUUGAUUUGUCCAAUGACACCUUCCCUUUGCUCACUACUAAACGAGUCUUCUCCAAAGGCAUAAUCCAUGAACUUUUGUGGUUUAUUGCAGGCUCUACUGAUGCCAAAAUUUUGAGCGAAAAGGGUGUUAAAAUCUGGGAGGGUAAUGGUCUGCGAGAAUUUUUAGAUAACUUGGGGUUGAACCAUCGUCGUGAAGGAGAUUUGGGGCCCGUUUAUGGAUUUCAAUGGAGACAUUUUGGAGCUAAGUAUCAAGACUGCGAUACUGACUACUCGGGACAAGGAUUUGAUCAAUUGCAAGAUGUCAUCAAAAAAUUAAAGACGAACCCUUACGAUCGAAGAAUAAUCAUGUCAGCUUGGAACCCACCUGACUUCCCAUUAAUGGCAUUACCUCCAUGUCACGUAUUUUGUCAGUUUUAUGUGAGUUUUCCAGCUGCUCACGGCCAACAAACUCCGGUUGCAAACACCACCAAACAAGCAAAAUCAUCGAGUAGACCGAAGUUGUCUUGCUUGUUGUAUCAGAGAUCAUGUGACAUGGGCUUAGGUGUUCCAUUCAACAUCGCAUCAUAUGCAUUGCUCACAAAAAUGAUUGCUCAUAUAGUAGACAUGGACUGUGGUGAGUUUAUUCAUACUCUAGGUGAUGCUCAUGUAUAUCUAGACCACAUCGAUGCAUUGAAAGAACAAAUGACAAGAAGUCCAAAGCGGUUUCCAAAAUUGGUUAUCAAGGAAGACAGAAAAGAAGAAAUCAAGACGAUUGAUGACUUUAGAUUUGAGGAUUUCGAGAUUAUUGGAUAUGAGCCUCAUCCUGCAAUCAAAAUGAAAAUGAGUGUCUAA